AUGACACGCACACGCCGGCUUCAACAGCCGGCGAACUUUUUGCCCAAUUCGUACGGCGAUCGAUUUAUUCCCCGUCGAUACGCACUGUCCCGAUCGAGCCGGUUCAAGGCGGAAAGCAUACCGGAACAGAAAACGGAUCCAAUGGUGAUGAAGGAGAUGCCUGGCUACUGGCGUACCCAUCACUAUUCGAACGUGCUGAAAAGCCUGCUCGGGCUGGUCUCGACGCACGAUAAGAUACUGUCCUUCCGGGACAGCACCAGCCGGCAGGUGUGCAAACGGUUCGCCAUCAAGCGCCCGCUGGAGUGCAUCAUCCGCCCGACGUACAGCAACCAGCAGAAGCUGGACUGGAGCUGCCAUCCGCGCACCAAACCGAUCGGCUUCAUCGAAGCCGUGCACGAUCUGCCCAACAUCAAGACGUACUAUCACAAAAUCAUCGACUGGUCCGUGACCGGGCAGAUUGCGGCCAUCUUCAGCAAAAAGCUGGUCAUCUGGACCCCCAACACGGACGAGAUCAUUGGGCUGCGGGCCCAGUACACGACGUCGAUCGCGUUCGAGCCGGCGGGCACCCGGCUGGCCAUGGGCAUUUUUAUGAUGAACCGACCGUGGCUGAACAUCCUGGACGUCGCGGCCAGGCCGCAGUCGGGGCGGCACGGCUCGCUCAAGAUGCUCGACCCGCUGGAGCACCCGAUCAGCUGUCUGACCUGGGACGGUAGCGGCCUGUACGUGCUGUGCGGGUUUGGCAAUGGUCAGAUCUCGAUCGUACGCAUCCAGCCGGCGGCCAACAUUAACCUGGACGAAAGCAAGUACUGCGUGCACAAGGGGUCGAUCAUCGCGAUCAAGUUCUCGUGCGGGUGCCGGUACAUGGCGACCGCGGACGAUCUCGGCCAGCUGUACCUGUGGCACUGGAGCGGCGGCCACCUAGCGCCCAUUACGAACUGGGACAGCUCGAUGUGCGCCUUCUUCGACUGGCAUCCGUGGCGCGAGGAUGAGAUUGUGAUCGCCGACAGCGAACCGAUCCUGAUCGCACUGUACCACGUCCCGAGCCGCCAGGUGCUGUCGUACUAUCAACGGCGCGAGAGUGAUUGCAUCUUGACGACGCUUUCGUUCAACAAGCUCUCCGGCGAGCUGGUCGUGUGCUACUCCUUCACGGAUCUCACCAAACCACCCGAAAUACUUGUGCUCGCGUCGAUGGAUCGCGUGGUGGAUGUGAUGCGCAAUCACGAUGACUGCAUCGUACACCUCCUGUGGAGUCCGGAUGGAAAGCAGCUGGCAAGUGUAGGGUAUGAUGAAACGCUCACGAUUUGGAACUUCUUCGGUACCUCACCCACAAACGAAUGCAAGAAGAGGAAGCUGCAAUGCGAACCGCCGGCCAGUAGCGGUAGCUCACGGACCGAUGGAAGAGCGUGUGGCAAUGAUGGCGGUUCCUGGGACGCAUCUCGCAUCCCGUGCAACCGUAACAAAGAAGCCACCUAUCGUGAUCUGGCCUCGAGUUUUCUUUUCAAGGCAAUGCGCUGAUGCUGCUGUUCUUUAGUACACCCAGUCCGUAGAGUCUAACAGGAAAAGCAAAGGAACAGGAGGCCAAUUGAUGGAGUCAACGGGCAUCGAAUGCGAGUAGGUAAUUAAAUUAGAGACAUAAAUAAUUGCAAAUGGGAGGAAGGAAAUGAAGCCAAGCUUUUUACGCCUACGCUCCGAAGAAGAUGAGGCAAGAUAGGGGACACAUUCGGACUGAAUUUGUUUACAGGCUGCUGAGC